AACCUUUGAUCAGUUAGACGGGGGCGGUACUACUGUGUGAACCCUGUCGCUGCCAGCGGAGCUGGGGGGGGGGGGGUGGAGAGAACGUUUCCGGCCAGCUCAUCCUGAUCUCUAGACCGGCUGUGUGUACGUCUGUCUCUCCCGCAGUCACCAUGGUCCUGCUAACGAUGAUCGCCCGAGUGGCGGACGGACUCCCGCUGGCAGCCUCUAUGCAGGAGAACGAACAGGUGAAAUGUUCAUAUGCAGGCAGAGACCUGCAGCAGUACCAGAACCAGGCCAAGCAGUUGUUCCGCAAGCUGAAUGAACAGUCUCCAACGCGAUGCACCCUGGAGGCAGGAGCCAUGAGCUUUCACUACCUGAUUGAGAAAGGCGUUUGUUAUCUGGUUCUCUGUGAAGCUGCUUUCCCCAAGAAGCUGGCCUUUGCUUAUCUGGAAGAUCUGUAUUCGGAAUUUGACGAACAACAUGGGAAGAAAGUGCCAACGGUCUCACGGCCAUACUCCUUUAUAGAGUUCGAUAACUACAUCCAGAAGACAAAGAAGUCAUACAUUGACAGCCGAGCCAGAAGAAACCUUAGUUCUGUAAACACUGAGCUGCAGGAUGUGCAGAGGAUCAUGGUUGCUAAUAUUGAAGAAGUUUUGCAACGGGGAGAAGCACUUUCAGCUUUGGAUUCAAAGGCCAACAACCUAUCAACCUUGUCUAAGAAGUACCGUCAAGACGCAAAGUACCUGAACAUGCGCUCCACUUACGCCAAGCUGGCCGCUGUAGCAGUGUUCUCCAUCAUGCUCAUUGUGUAUAUUCGAUUCUGGUGGUUGUGAAGGAGAAGAAUUUGGAGGAAAAACACUGUGAAGAUGAAAGAGGAUUGGGGGGAGUGUUUGCCAAUGUCUUAACCCUGUCACUGCUAGUGGCCAUGGCUGCAGUGAUGUGGUUAAUGGAAGCUGCACAUCUCAGCGUGCAUAGAGAUCACUGAUGCUCUAUCCUCAGAGCUGGCUUGUAGGGAACAUAAACAUUAAACUUAGUGCUCCUUUUCCAGUGGCCAGCAAGGAGUAAGAAUGCACAUGGAUUAGUUCCUUUAACUUGUCAUCUCUACACAUCCACCCUGAACUGGUUCAUAUGAACCCUCCCUUGCUAUCUGACAGCAAAUACCUGGUUACUCACCUACCCCUCUUAUCCUACUAAUAUAAUAAGCCGGUUUGCUCCCAAUCUGUGCCCUGCAGGCCUUGUAGGGAAUAAACCGAUCCAUUACAAUGGGAUACAUGUGAUAAAUGCCUGAACACGUUGGGCUAUAUUUAUCAAAGAGUGACGUUAGAGAUCGCCACAGUCCUCUAGAGUGAAAUUCCACCACUCUCCAUUCAUUUCUAUGGCAUUUUUGAAAGAGUAUUCCAUAGGUGAAAGUUCAUCCUUUGAUAAAUACGCCUUUCAAAAUCCCAUAGAAAUUAAAGAAUGGAGAGUGGCGGAAUUUCACUCUAGAGGACUGUGGCGAUCUCUAACUUCACACUUGGGUGACCAAGUAGUAACAUAAUUAUAUUGCAAUUAUUGCCAAUUAUUAAAGGGAUUUUACAUGUGUAA